GACGUGUGCUCAAAGUCAUGGGGCAGAUUUGUGCUGACACCAUGGCUUGCUUUAUUCCAAUGACAAAGCUCUGUGCCUUUUAUUCAAACACAUAAAAGGCAGUAGAGAGCAGGCUCAGGCCGGUCCUACCCACCACUGGUGCCAUGAUGGGAAAGGUCAUCUUCUACGAGGGAAGGAACUUCGAGGGCCGUCACUAUGAGUGCAACGUCGACUGUGCCGACAUGCACUCGCACAUCUCCCAUUGCAACUCCAUCCGCGUCGACACGGGCUGCUGGAUGGCCUACGAGAAGCCCAACUACUCGGGCUACCAGUACAUUCUGACCAAGGGCAAGUACACCGACCACCACCGCUGGUCCGGCUUCAACGACCUGAUCCGCUCCUGUCGCAUGAUUCCUGCAUACAACGGCAACUACAAGCUGAAGAUCUUCGAGAGGACUGACUUCGGGGGCAAGAUGACAGAGUUGAGCGACGACUGCCCGAACCUGCAGGACCGCUUCCACCUGAGGGACGUGUCCUCCUGCAACGUGGUGGAGGGCUACUGGAUCCUCCACGAGCAUCCCAACUACAGGGGCCGCCAGUACUACUUGCGACCCGGGGAGUACAACAAGCACGGCGACUGGGGCAGCAUGAGCUCCACCAUCGGCUCAGUGCGGCGCAUCACAGAGGUGAAGCAGGCCUACUAGGGAGUGGAUGCUCUCUGACGAUGGGCGGGGGGGUAGUGAGGAGAGCAGUGACACUGGAAGGAGGAUGCAGUGGGACAUUUAUAUUAUUUACAUCGCGCCACAGAGUCGGUAUCAGGGAAUAAAUCAUUCGACCUGUGGAGAAAGAAGGAAAAACAAUGGCUAGGCAAAGGUGUUCUUUGUCACUGGCAGCAGUUAUGUGGAAGAAUAAGAACGGAGUACAUUUGGCAAACGUGCAUCAAUUACUUAAAAAAUCAAAUGAAUACGCAGAUUCCAAGUAAAUUAACACAAUUGGUAGUUUUAUCUCAAGAAAUUACUUGUGAAGUAUCUAAAUAAGCUAAAUAAUCUGCUUAAAUGUUUUUUACUUUCUUUUCAAGGCAUGACUAUGAACAUCAAGAAAGUACCUUUGUGUUCCUGUAAAUGUAGCAAUCUUAAGUGAAAACUAUGAAACCUGUACAAGUUUGUUAAAAUGCAAAAACUCAGUUAUCUUAAAUUAAGUGUAUUAUAACCUAGAUUACUUCCUUUGAAAACUAGGGCUAUAAGCAGCAUUAUUCAUGAUUCUGAUCAAUAAACAGACAAAGUGAACUAA